CUAGGUUGUGAAGCAACCUAUAUUUCCCUCACUCCUAAAAUUCCCAAAUAAUUCUCAUAAAUUGUUUGGGUCAUAUCUUGCUCCAAAAUGGCAAAACAUUUCAUUGCCAUGUUCAAAAAUAAUCCUCUAAUAAUUCAUUUCCUAUUCUGCCCUAAAUGGCACAUUGUGAAGCAAGUGCCAUUUUACUUUGCCCAAUUGACCUCAAACUCCUUGGACAUAUUUUCAUGUCCAUAUCACUGCCACAUGCCAAAAUGUAACCUCAUUUGCCUAGUAAUUAUUUAAUUAUGAUUUUCCAAAGUUUCUGUCCAGAAAGAAGCUUUGUGAAGGAGGUACAAGCUAGGAAUAUCCAAAUGAGUUUCCAUUUUGCAUGAUACCUCAUAUCAUCAUAUCAUAGCCCUCCAUCAAAGUUGAGCUCAUGUAAUGCCUCCAUGUGAGCUCAUCUUCAAUUCUUUGAUUCUGCCCAAAAUUUCAGUUUGUGAAGCAAGUAUAUUUUAUCUUGCUCCAUUAUGGCUGUAAAUUUUUCUAGACCUUUUAGUACCCUUAUAUCUUCCCUCCUCCAAGUUGUGGCUCAACCCCUUUGACCAUUUGCCCUGUGGAAUGUCUCCAAGUUUCUGGUCAGAAUAAAUCUUUCCAAAGCAAGUGCUAUUUUGGUUCAUCCAAAUGGCAUGAAACUCCUUGGGCAUCUUAAUAUCUUCAAAUCAUUGGGCCAUAACCAUUUUCAGCUCAAUUGAUACAACUAUGUGAGUGCAUCAUCCAAAUUUUCAUUUCUGACCAGUGAGUCACUUUCUACAGCAACCACCCUCUAAACUCCUCCUCUUAAGCUGACCAUUAGAGCACUGCUCAAGCUCGUUUGUGAUGCUCCAGAGCCUUCCCCGUGCCUAUAUAAGGGACCCCCGACCUCCUCCGCAGCUCACAGCCCCCUCCCCCGCCUCAUUUGCGCUCUGGAAUCGCCGCAUCUCGCCGUUGUUCGCCGUCACCCUCCAUGGCCGCCUCGGCCUCGGCUUGGGUCCGGCCACCACAGGCCUCCCCACGCCUCUCCUCCACGUCCAUCGACCUCCCCUCGUCCCACUCAGCCGCCCCACCCCCUUGCCCCCUCGCCGGAGCGGCCGCAUCGCCGAAGAACCCCGUCACCCGAAGCUCUCUGCCUCUCCCAUGGCGCCGCCUCUCCCCUCCGUCCCGUGCCUCCCCGGCAGCCGCCUUUCCUCUGGAUGGGUGCGGCUGGCCGCUGCGGUCCCGCCGGUGGCCGCGCCACGGCUGGGGAUCGCCGGAGCCGGCCGGCCCCUUGGCCUCUUCCCUCCCCUGCCGCUGCUCUGCUUCACGCGAGGCACAGGCGCGGGAGGAAGGAGACGAGCGCCCGUGCCCCCUCGCCCUGCGCCUGGGACCCACGCGCCAGUGGCCCAGGGCCCAGGUCCAGGUGGCAAGUGGAAGCGUAUUUCCGAGAGUACGUCUCCUCUUCUGAAAGCGUAUUCUAUUUCUACUUCGGCCGGAAAUUAGUCCCUGUUCUUCCAACCUUCACAACUUUUCAACCGUAACUCCAAAUGAG